AUGUCUCUAAGAUCAAGACGUGAUUGUCAAGCUCUCAAUAAAUUAUCAGAAACUGAAAUUAAACCUUCUCAUCAUUUAUUAAGAAAAAUGCGCUAUUCAAAAGGUCUUCAAAAAGGACAAUUAUUAUCUUCAUAUUUACAAGACAAGGCAUUACUAUUUGUUGAAGAUACUCUUUAUAAAGAUUUACAAAAAUUGUCAUAA